AUGUCUGCAAGGAGAAACCCUGAGAAGGGCUGGGGUCUCACACUGCAGGUGUGGGACAUUACAGAGCCUUUCAAGUCCUCUCAGGCUGAUGAAGCAGUCAGUGAGGAGGCCUUGAUGCAUCUGACGAGGUGCUGCAAGGGGCUGGCAGCGAACACGUGUGCCCAUGCCAUCUUCUGCAAACUUCUCCAUGACCUCAGGCAGAGUGGGAGUGAGAAUGGUUUGCUGACUUCCCUGGGGGACGGCCAUGGCCUGAAAGUUGGGAUUAUUGGCAAGGGCCACCUUGAGAAGUAGAUGGCCUGAGUGCUCCUGAUGCUGAGCUGUGCUCUGCAGUCCAGUAUCCGUGUUUCCACCAGGCACCCUGAGAGCCUGGCAGAGCUGCAGAAGCAGGGGCUCACGUGCUGUGACGACAACGCUCAGCUGGUGGCCUGAGCAGAUGUUGCAUUCCUCUGCUGCCUCCAGUCAUACACGCCGUCCAUCUGCUGCAUUGUUCGGCUGCCUGCCACCCAGAAAUCUAGCAUUGUGCACAGCCUUGUCACCGCCGUCCCCCUCCUCAGGAGCUACGGUGUUCAUCAUGCCGUGAUGGCUGAACAGGUAUACGACUUCAUAUGCAGGAAAAUAAGAGUCAAUGCUGAAUGGCUGGUGGCCGUUUUCUGCGCAGCUCUGAACAGCAGCACAUGGCAGAGCCUGCCUCACCAGAAGGCACUGAAAUUACUCAGUGACCUCUGUUCUCCUGAGUGCUGCCCCAUCUGUGCAGAGCAGAAAACUUCCUGACCGCAGUUUGUGUGCAAGAGUUUUGUCAACAAAGGUUUUGGCUCUUCAGUGACUCAAGAGGAAGCCUUCCCGUGGUUUGACCUGAGAGCUGCUCAGCUGACAGAGCCUCCUUUUACCCAGCUGCUAGAAAAGAGUGAGCUUGUCUGAUGCCAUCUUGCUCUACCAUACCAGGCAUCCUUUGGAGACUGGCCUACAAAGCAAUGGGGACUAAUCGUCACCAAGACAUCUCUUACUUCAGCUGUAAUGGAGCCUGGUGUAACGUUGGAUGACAAGUCUCCAUUCUCCACAGCCGCUUCUGACAUGUCCUCAGAAAUCCCAGAGGAAAAUGCUGACUAUGAUUCUAAAUCCUCAUAA